UUUUGGGUAAUUGAGCCGCUAAAAAUUAAUCGGCCAUCUCUGCAAAAUCUGAGUAGGAAAUGAAAGGGUGGGGCACGAAAAUCAAUGCACAUGAGCAAAACAGAUGCAGAACUGAAAAUUAAGACGGGAGAAGUUUGUAUGCAUUUUUGAAGUUUGAGCUCUCAAGCCAAAAUCCCAAGUCCCAGUAGGCAAGAGCAACAACAAAAGAGAGAGAAAAGCACAACACAGUACACAUCAACUCCUCUUGUUUAUUAUAUAUACAUAAGAAACAGUUUCUGUUUGUGAUUGUCAUAUUUUUGUAGAGAAUAUGAGUAAUUGGUUGGGAUUUUCUCUGACUCCUCACCUGAGAAUCGAUGAUGGUUUUGUUGGUAGAGAUGGCCAAGAUCCUCCUUGUUUCUCUACUUCUCAUCAUCAUCAUCAUCAUGACUCUUCUUUGUCUGUCAUGCCUUUGCACUCUGAUGGCUCUCUCUGUGUUGUUGAUCCUUUCAGGCGCUCUUCUCAUGGAGAUUGGAGGUACGAAGAUGGAAUGGGAAGCUCAACUGGUCUAAACGAUCAGGAAGGUCCAAAGCUUGAAGAUUUCUUGGGGAGUUGUUACUCAAACUCUCCGUCAGAUGAUGUUUCUAACAAAGCCGUAUAUUGUGAAGACUUAAAAUCUGGAAUCAAUGUUAAUCUAACUCCAAGUUACAACUCUAACGGAGAGAUGGAACCCAGUGACAAUCUCACAAACCCAUCUGGGAUAAUCCAUUCUCAUCAUCACCAUCACUACAUUGACACCCCACAAACCCUAAUUUCCAGUGAUUUAAGCCAAACUAACGACAUCUCUAAUCACAACAUGUAUCAUGUCCCUUUUGAGAAUGCAACUUCAGUUUCUGGGUUCAAGUCUUGGCUUAGACAAACACCAUCUUCUGCUGAGAAAACUCCUACUGAUAAUCAACCCAACAACUGUAGCUAUCAGUCUCUCUCUCUCACCAUGAACCCCAUUAGCUUAGAGCAAAAUGAUGGAAUGGGUGCGAUUUCAGUGCCAUUACAAGGAGUAAUUACGGAUACCCGUAAAAGGGCAGUGGGGAAAACUCUUGCUAGAGAACCGGUUCCUCGUAAAUCUAUUGAUACUUUCGGGCAAAGAACCUCACAGUAUCGUGGUGUUACAAGGCAUAGGUGGACUGGACGAUACGAGGCUCAUUUGUGGGACAAUAGUUGCAGAAAAGAAGGACAAACAAGAAAAGGAAGGCAAGUGUAUCUCGGUGGAUAUGACAAGGAAGAGAAAGCAGCUAGGGCUUAUGAUUUGGCUGCCUUGAAGUAUUGGGGUCCAACAACUCAUAUAAAUUUUCCUUUGAGUACAUAUGAGAAAGAGCUUGAACAGAUGAAGCACAUGACUAGACAGGAAUUUGUUGCCAAUUUAAGAAGGAAAAGUAGUGGGUUUUCAAGAGGAGCUUCUGUUUACAGAGGAGUGACAAGACACCAUCAGCAUGGAAGGUGGCAAGCUAGAAUUGGAAGGGUUGCAGGCAACAAAGACUUGUAUCUUGGAACAUUUAGCACACAAGAGGAAGCUGCAGAAGCCUAUGAUAUUGCUGCGAUUAAAUUUAGGGGGACUGGUGCAGUGACCAAUUUUGAUAUAAGUAGGUAUGAUGUAAAGAGAAUUUGCUCAAGCCCUACGCUUCUGGGCAGUGACCUUGCCAAAAGAUCACCUAAGGAGUCUGCUCCAACUGCUCUUGAGGCAUACAAUUCUUGCGCCUCUUCAACGUCACCUCAACCCCUUCUUGCCAUGGCAACGAGCGGUGAGGCAUCUGAUGAAUUGGCUGACAUGCUGUGGAGUACUAACUCAGAUGAUCAUCAACAACAUCAUCAAAGCAAUAACACGAACAAUGAUGUGCCGCUAGUGACAGUAAGUAGUAGGGCUUCAUCUGAUCCUCAGAGCCCUAAAUGCUCGGUUGGAUUGACCACUGAAUUCGGCAUUGGUGGAGACUACUCUCAAGGCUAUUUCUCAUUGCAGGGUCCAAAGUAUGAAGACAGCGAUACAGGAAGUGACCAUGCAAGCAACACCAGGUUUGCAAAUCUGGGAUUGGUUAAUCAAGUCCCGAUGUUUGCUCUGUGGAAUGAGUAGUAAAAAGGGUUUUAUUUUGGAGAAAAAAAAUACACAAGUUGGGGUACGUAGAAGAAAGUAGUUCACAGUGGAAGUUAAUCAAGUUUAGUUAGCUAAACAGGGGCUAGUUGAAUAUGUUAACAAGUGAUUAUGAUUUAUUUUGAUGUUCAACCACCGAUUUUCACUAUAGUCUUCAGCACUACAUAUUAUAUCUAUUAAAAUGUAGUGGCUGUUAGGUGUUUUUGUGCUAGUUUUGUUAGUUUUGUAACAACUGGUAUUCACAAUCGAAGUAUGCAUCCAUCUAAUAUUAUUUUCUGCAA